GAAAUGUACAUGACCAACUAUUUCUCUGUGGGUGUGGACGCCCUGGUUACCCUCAACUUCCACAAGACACGACAGUCGUGGCUGUGCUUUUGGAAACAUCGCCUUUUCAACAAGUUCCUGUACAUCACGUACGGUACUCGUGACUUUCUUGAGAAAAAGUGCCGGGACCUCCCGCAAAAGGUGCGCCUUUGGCUGGACGGGGAGCCCAAGGACCUGGAGCAUCUGGAGGCCAUCACUGUGCUCAACAUCCCUUGCUGGGGCGCAGGUGUACGACCAUGGCACAUGGGUGCCGGAGGUCAGCUAGCUCAGCCCCAGAGUUUGGGCAUCACCAUCUAA